UUUUACUGUGAAGCCUUUCGUUUCACAUUUCAGAGUUUGGUGGAAUUUGGAAAUGCCAUUCUGGUUCUUAUAUAUUAUGCUCUUCUUAGCUUCUUCUCUCGUUGCAGAGACAAGAAUGAUGAACCUCCUCCUACAAUUACACUCGCAAACUGCUCGAAGGUGUAUCACAUCUUCUUCUUCUUCUUCUUCUUCUUUCAGAAGCCUCUCUUUCUUAUCAACCCACCCAAUACAACAACCUCUUAAACCCUCUCAACACUUAAACCCUCCUCAUUCUUCUUUGAUUGGUUUCUCUCCAAAACCCAGACCCACAAUAUUUUCUCCCGCUACUCUUCGAUUCCUAACAACCCAGUCCUCUGAGGACCUCGACGAUUACCAAGAUGACACCUUUCAAGGUGAAGAAACAGAAGAGGGAAGAACAUCAGAUGGAUGGGAAGAAGGAGAUAGUACAGAUGGUUGGGAGGACGAGGAUGUCGCCGAGCCUAAGGUUGGUGAUGGAGGCGAUGGUGGUGGAGUGGUGUUCCAUGGUGUUCCCUGGGGUGAGCGGGCACUGUCCAUUGCUCGUGAGGUGUUGACACGGUUCUGUGAUGACAUGAAGCUCUUCUCUUUCAAGACUACUCCUCGAGGAUAUGUGUUUGUGAGACUGGACAAACUAUCAAACGAAUAUGGAUGUCCAAGUAUGGAAGACCUUGGGCGCUACGGUAAAGAAUACAAGAAAAGGUUGGAUGAAGUUGGAGCACUUGGAGAAAUACCCGAAGAUUUGGCUGUUGAGGUAUCAUCUCCUGGCGCGGAGAGAUUACUAAAGGUACCAGGUGAUUUACCUCGGUUUAAAGACAAGACCAUGAGAGUAUGCUAUUUAGAAGACGUGGAUUCUAAACACCCAGAAAAGGAUGGAGUAUUUAUGCUGGAGUCUGUUGAGACAGAGUCAGAGAGCUGUGUGUGGAAGUUGGCAAAUGUGAAGGAAAACAGGGAUCCGGACAGCAAAGGUAGACCAUUAACACGUAAACAGACAGAUUGGAGAUUAAAAUUGCCAUUUUCUGCACAUAAAAGGGUACUUCUGUACCUAAACUCAAGUUGAGAGAAUUUUGAUGCUUUAGUGAAAAAUGUUGGUUAGGAUUUAGAGGAGGAUUUUUGAAGAAGAAAUCCUAAUGUCUUUGCAGUUUGUAUCCUAGUCAGGAUUUAGGAAAGACAGAUUAUGUUAGAAGAAUUCUGCUGUCUUUGCUGUUUGUACCCUACCUUGAAUUUUGAUUCAAAACAUCUUACACAAUCGUAGUAACAACGCCAAAUUUUCAAAAGCUUUGGCAUUGAGUUUCA